AUGGAUGAUAUAUCCGCGCGCAUAGCGGACAACAUCCAGGCUGCGUCCGUAUAUGGCCCACGAGAUCACGUUUUCCAGCCGACAGACCAACAUCACCUCGACGGUCUCGACGGAGUCGACCCCGAUGUUGCAAGUAUCUCGACCGGCGUCGUGAAUCCGGAGCGAGCAAUUAAGCCAGAGCGGCCGAGACGCGCGCCUCUGCCUCCCAUACCGGACCUGCGAUUCCACCAGAGCUAUCUUGCCAGUAUCCGCGCGGCCAAUAGCUGGCAGCAUGUUGCGUGGAUCACCCUAAGAGACCAGAAACUGAUAAACUGGAAGGUGCCCGAGUUGUGA